CGUCACAAUAGCUCGACUCCCAUCCACUUUUACGGCGGAAUUCUUCUACAUGGUCUCCUCUUCUCGUCCUCAAACCUCCUCCUCAUGAUCAACAACAAGAACGAUGCUGCUCCGAGGCAGUAGCUCCCGCAACGCGCGCGGGUUCACGCCAAACCGUUCUUCAAAUCGAUCAAGAGGUCAAGGUUCGACGAGUCGAGGAGCUUCAAGCUCCUCCAGCACGUCAUCGGGUCCCAAUUCCCCAAAUCCUUUCGAGCAGGAGAGGGCCGAGAAUGCUGCGAAGCGAAUACAGAGGGGUCAAAACGGCACGAUGCUCAACGGACGAGGCGGCAGAGGAUCUUCUCGAGGUGGAGGACAGAAUGAUAGGACAGUCCGCCUCGAUCCUACAGAGCCAAAACCAAACCCUUUCGCGGCAGCACCAGCAAUCACAAAUCCCUUUGCGCCAAAAGCUAUGGCGACCGCGUCGCCCUUCGGAUCACCGAGCACCUCUGCAUACAACCCUUUUGCGCCGAAACCAGCAACAAAUCCUUUUGCGCCAAACCCUGUGGCCAAUCCUCCUGCUCCAGCAUUCUCGUCACCGUUUGGAUCACAGCGCACAGCCAAAAAUUCAAUCAACAGCUCGACAGAUUCAAAUUUCUCAAAGCAGUCGAGGCCCGGCAACGGCAUGAAUAUUACCAGUUCACCCGGGAAGCCCACAACCUCGAGAGUUCCAGAUAUACACGGUACAUUAGCAGAAAAGAUCCACCAUGUACUGUCGAGAGAGAGGAUAUUUGCCCCAGCCUGGCCUGCAGCACAAAUCGGCGCGAAAUACAACGAUCCAACAAUGAUCAAGUUGCACAAUGACUACAAAGCCUACCGGACUCAGGCGCGUGCCGCCCUCAUACGAGCUGGCCUCUUGGACGAUCCAGACAAGCCCAAAAAGCUUAGCGAAGCACUCGAAUUCAAAGGCACUUGCGAAGAUAUGUGCCCUGAUUUCGAAAGAGUAUCCCGAAUAAUGGACCUAAGAAUCGACCCAAACGAAAGAGAGGGAAGCCUUCCUUCUCAAACCAAAAUGGUCAAAGCUUUGGCCAGAUCCGCUGCUGGCCAGGAUGCCCCAUUACCAAGUGACAUCAGGACCGUAACGGCAUUGAGGAGAACUGUUGACCACCUCUUCCACGAUAUUCUCGACAAUCACGAACUUCCAGACGUUCACAGCUUCCUUUGGGAUCGAACGCGUGCUAUUCGCCGAGACUUUGUCUUCCAUUCUUCAAUGACACCCACGGAACUCGUCGACCAAGUCUACUGUUUAGAGCACAUCACUCGAUUCCACGUCACGGCUCUACAUCAAAUGUCGAAGGAGAACCUGAGCUCGGACAAAUUUUCUGAACAACAAGAACUCGAGCAACUUGGCAAAGCCCUGUUAUCUUUGGUCCAUACAUAUGAGGAUUGCAAAGCCCAGCGAGUUCCAUGCGAAAACGAGGCAGAGUUCCGGGCUUAUUACGUGCUCUUCAAUAGCCACGAUCCUGGGAUCCUAGAUACAGUACAGACGUGGGGAUACAAGUUUUGGAAUGAGUCGGAGGACAUCAAGAUUGCCAUCGAACUUGUUGAAGCUCUUCAGAAUACCUGGGAACUACACGGACCUUUAAAACCUCAUUCAACAAACAAUCUCGCUCAGAACGGAUUCUCAAGAUUCUUCACCAUCACCGAGGACCGGAAGAUAUCAUACACACUUGCUUGCUUCGCAGAAAUAUACUUCAACGACGUCCGAAAGUCCGCCUUGAAGACCAUUCUAGGUUCGUAUCGCAAGCAACGGGAUCAGACCAAAGAUUGGACCAUGUCGAGAUUAAACACAUAUUUACGCUUUGAUACUGAGGAAGAGGUUGCCCCUUUUCUAGAAGCCCAUGGCCUCCGGACAGACGAAAUUGAUGGCGAGGAGUACUUGUCAUUUGAGGUCACUGAGGUCUCAGAUCCCUGGCCAAAGUUGAAGCAGACACACUCAGAAAACAUUGUUGAAUGGAAGAGAGGAAAUAAUUCUCUAAGUCAGGUCAUUGACAGCACUGUUUUCGAUGAGUCUGUACCAGAAGAUGGAGAUGAAGCUGAAGCGGAGGAGGAGGAGGAGGAGGAGGAGGAGGAAGGGCUAUUUGUGAAGGACUACUCAACACCAGCACAACCUUUGCCUGAGCGAGUGCCAAAUUUGGAAGAAGCUUCAGAGGUUGUUCCAAAUCCUGCCGCGGAUCAACCAGCACCUGUCCAAGACAGCGCACCGAAGUCCAUCUUCGAGCGGAUGGGAAGUCGUGCAAGCUUUAGCAAUGCUUUUUUCGCCCCGGAUGCUUCUGAAAAUUCGUCAGAAGCCCAGCCAACGCCACCAAAGCCGGAAUCCGUUUCAAUAUUUGAAAAUCUACCAACGACAAAGUCACCGGUGGUUUCAUUUACUCAACAGCCUUCUCAAGCAUCAACGACAACGACAACGCCAACGGUGGUUUCAUUUACUCAACAGCCUUCUCAAGCAUCAAUGACAAGGACAACGCCACCGGUGUUCUCAUUCACCCAAGAGCCAUCGAAUCAACAGCCUCCCGGAGAAUCAAUGACAAGGACAACACCACCAGCGUUCUCGUUCACCCAAAAGCCAUUAACUCCAGCGCCCCUUCACGAAUCAAAUACAAUAACGACACCGCCAAAGGGUUUCUCGUUCACCCAACAGCCUCCUGCAAAUUCCGACACAGUUUCGACAUCUCCUCCAAAACUCAGUGUCUUUGAAGGUGCGGCUAGCGAAGCUAACCCUUUGUUCGGCACGAAACCGCCUGCACCUAUCGACCGAUCAAAGGGAUAUGAUACUCUCUCAAAAUGGAUGACUCUUGGAGAAGACGGCCUUAUAGACCAGUUUACUGCCUUCCAGGUUGAAGAAAUUCUACGCCAAACUAUGCAGUCAUUCAUGGAGCAAGAGGCUGAACGAGCCGCUCAGGAGGCCGAUGAUAUGGCUCGAGUGGAUGCCGAUCGUUUCAGGUACCGCUCUCUAGCCACCAAAUACGGGUACAGAUGGCGGGAGUUGGCACAACGAUUAUGGAUGAAGAGAAAGGGGAGAGAAGCUCGACAAGCGCGCCGCGAAAUGGCAGAGAGUAUGAAGGCAUCAAAAGCAGCCAAAUCAGCCAACAUUGUCGAGGAUUUCAAAGCCUCUAACAACCGUCGGAGAGAAAGCUUGGAGAGCUUAUUACAGGCUACAGGCGUCUUGAAUGGUGUUCACGAUCCGCAGCACGAGAUCCGUUCGAUAGUAAGAGCCGAGAAUCCCGAACCCUCCCUCAAGAGACAGCGCUCGGAACGAUCUUCGACCAGCAUCGCUUCGACCGCGAAUCGACACAAACGUGGAAAGUCAGACAACCCACUGCGUCGAUCGCUACUCUCCGACCCAUCCUACCUGAAUGGAGACUCCCGGAUACACCUUAUGGCGAAUUAUGGUGCACAAGAAGAGGGUCGACGACAAGUCAGCGGAGUUCAAACUGAUUAUUUUCGGCUGAAGGCAAGGGGCAUUACAACUCUGCCAGAUGGAACACCACUUGCGAAUUCAGUGGCUAAGAACAUCAUACAUCAGAAGCGGUCUUUUGAUGGUGUCCAGAAAUCAGCUACGCCACAGCCAUUUAAACCCCAGCCCGUGGCGAGAAGUGUCCCAGUGAAAUUUGCGACCCAAACGCAGAAGUUGGUUAAUGGGAACGAUCGGGAAGAUUUGAAGGAGUUGAAGAUAAAAGCAAAGGCUUUUGUUUCGGAGGAGAAGAAGGCCCGGCAGAAGCGAGCUUUCAUGGAUGAUGAUGAAGAACUCUUUGAAAGAGCGAAGAGGGUCAGGGAACAGAUGGACGAAGGCGCGAAGUGGUAUAGGAAGGAAAUCGAGAUGGAAACAGCAAGUCGGAGUAUAUCUUGAUUGUAACGAAAUAGCAUUUGGCGGCGUUUAUGGGAAGCUUGGUAACAUCUGUCAGCAGCAUUUGACAGCGGAGUUUUAAGGAAGAAAACCAUCAGAAAGGCGUUUAAGGCGUUUGGAAUUUGUAUAUAGCGGAUGAUACCCCUCUGCUUGGGUAGGAGAAUGAGAACACCGCUCCGUGAAAGGGGCUAUGAUCUUCAGAAAUGCUCCCGAAUUUAAUGUGUCCGCCUC